AUGCAGGGAGAGGGCGGGAGUAAAAAAAUACCUUGGCGACUGGGCGAGUCUGACGAAUAUGACGGCGCCACAAAGUACUUUGAUUUAUUUGUCUCAGAUAUGCGAGUGCGAGCAGGCCAUUGGUGCAGCGGCGCAACUCUGCUGACUAGUUGCGUCCUCUUGGCUGUUUUAACCGCUUCUCAGUCGCCUCUAAUGAUGAUGAUGGUGAUGGCGGAACUUGCCGUCCUCUAG